UUAACCCCUCACCUCCAAACAAAAAGAAUAUUCUUACCCAAGGUAGUUAAAAAAUGGAAGCAUCCUAGUAUAUAUAGUUACGUUAUGAGACUAGGCUUUUAGGUCGGUCACUACUCUCUCUUCAUUUCCAUUUCCUCCUUGCCCCUCAACUUCUCCAAGAAGCAAUGGAAGGCAUCAAUGGUUGGUUGUCCUUCCCCUUGUACGAAAGCUUCAACCAUGAUUUUGCCAUUCGAAGGUUUUGCCGAGCAAGAGUUGAGUUAGAGCGAGGAGAGUGGGAGGAGGCAAUGAAUGAGAUUGAAUCCUUUUCUCCUGAUGACGAAACUGGCACCCCCCACUUAGCUGCUUCAGAGGUGGAUGACCUUGUUGAUAGCUUCAUUAACAUGGAUGAUGGUGAUGAUGAAGAUAGAGAUGAUCGUAACUGCAAUAAGAACCAAGAUUUCCAUCAUUUUCAAGGUGAAAUUGAUGCAUUUUCGAUGGUAAAUGAAGAUUUCAGAGAUGAAUUAGAGAUGAGUGGCUCAUGUGAAGAUUUUGGAGUACAUGAAAUGGUGCCUAGUGUGGAAGAGGUGAGCCAUGGUGUAGACCAAGGGCUUCACUUGGUGCAUUUGUUGCUGGCAUGCGCCGAGGCUGUAGGCUGCCGCGACACACAGCUUGCAAACUCUAUGCUCUGCCAAAUUUGGGCAUCGGCUACUCCUUGGGGUGAUUCACUGCAAAGGGUUUCCUAUUGCUUUGCAGCAGGCUUGAAGUCCAGAUUAUCACUUCUUCAAAAUGUCAAUGGAAAUGGCACAAUCACUAACUGUGCCAUGGAUUUGCCCUUGAUAACUAGGGAGGAGAAAAUGGAGGCUUUUCAACUCCUUUACCAAACAACUCCUUACAUUGCUUUUGGUUUCAUGGCUGCGAAUGAGGCCAUAUGUCAAGCAGCACAAGGAAAGGAUUCCUUGCACAUCAUUGACCUAGGAAUGGAACAUACCCUUCAAUGGCCUUCCCUGAUAAGAACUCUAGCAUCAAGGCCUGAAGGUCUCCCAACUCUCCGAAUCACUGGAUUAACCAGUAAUCAAGAUCUACUAGAGCUUGAAGCCAGCAUGAAGUCCCUUGUCGAGGAUGCUAGCUCGCUAGGCAUAUCGUUGGAGUUCCACAUGAUACCGGAGCCACUUACACCAUCGCUUUUGACCAGAGAGAAUCUCAACUUAAGAGAAGGGGAAGCAAUAUUCGUCAAUAGUAUUAUGCACUUGCACAAAUAUGUAAAAGAGAGUAGAGGAUCUCUAAAAGCAAUCCUCCAGGCAAUCAAGAAACUGGGUCCAACUUUGCUUACAAUGGUGGAGCAAGAUGCAAACCAUAAUGGACCAUUCUUUCUUGGGAGGUUCCUUGAAUCCCUUCACUAUUACUCUGCCAUCUUCGAUUCCCUCGAGACUAGUUUACCUAGACAUAGUCCUCAAAGGAUGAAGAUAGAGAGGCUUCACUUUGCAGAAGAAAUUCGAAACAUUGUAGCUUAUGAGGGCUCAGAUAGAAUCGAGAGGCAUGAAAGAGCUGAUCAAUGGCGAAGACAGCUAGGCAGAGCUGGGUUUCAAGUAAUAGGGUUGAAGUGUUUGAGUCAAGCGAGGAUGAUGCUUUCUGUAUACGGGUGUGAUGGUUACACACUUGGCAGUGAGAAGGGCUGCCUCCUCCUUGGGUGGAAAGGCAGGCCUAUAAUGCUGGCAUCUGCUUUGCAACUGCACAAUGUUUCAUCCUCCUAGUAUCUUGGAUGACAUCGUCUCAAGGCAUAAUUAUUGGUCACUGGUUAGGCAUUGACAUUCAUCGAACUAGUAAUAGAACAUAAGAUAAAUUAUGUUCUUACCGACAAGCACAAUAUAUGCCUAAUGGCACUAAGUAUUCAAUCUCCACGGUUCUUUUCGAGAAAUUGCCGUUUUUGGGUUUCUAGAUUGGUUACAUAUCUUACAAAACUCCUUGGCUGGCUAUUGUCAUAUACUUAUUUGCACUUUCUACCUUCUAAAUGUCUAGAACCUUUUUGAUAGAAUUACAUUCUUUAUAUGUCUAGUAAGAGCACCGGAAAAAAUUCCUAUCACUUCCAAAUUCCAAUAAAAUCAACUGUAGAAAAGGAUGAGUACAAUAAAAUAUCAGGCUCCCAAGAUUUGGGUAGGUAAGCUAUGAGGUGCAUUCGCUGUAGUAUCCAGAAGCUGUGAAUUUCAUGAAUUACUUGAUAGAGAAAACAAAGUACAAGAUGCCACUGGGGCUUAGCCCAAGAUAGGGGCCUGAAGCCGUGAUACUCCUACCAAAUAAAAAAAAGAAGUCCAAGUUCUAAAGACACCACAAUUAGCAUAUUCAUGGUCUUAGCACGCUGAACUUGAACAUGGGUCACCGUAACUAAUACUGUUCCACGGCGCUUGAAGAAUUUUUCCAACUUCAUUGAAGCUCUCAAAGCUUAUACCAGAGGCCUUUCCUUCACAUGACGGGCUGGCCAAAGCCGGGGCUACCAGGUCUGAGCUCUUGUCGGUUUUGUUCUAAUCUUCACAGCCCCUGGUUUCUGCCUUGCAUUAUUUCUUCCCUGUUCUGAGCCCUUUGGCUCUGUUCUGGAUUCUGCUCUCCUCCUAAGGACACUUUUGUUUUCUCCUGGGGAUGUUUUAUCUUUACGUUUUUAGUUUUCUCAUCUGUGAUCCUAGGUAGAAUGGCAUUCUUGCUUUAUUUUCAUGUUUCAUGCUCUGCUUCGAAAGCUUGACUUCUUAGGAACUGGCCCUUACAGUUCCUCUUGUUAUGAUGCUUUAUGCUUUGACUUAAUAAAAUUCUCGUGCCAUUCAAA